AUGUCUACUCACAACUCUGUGGCUCUUGAAAGUCCGAUUUUUUCAGAUACCACUGAAAUCUCCUCAGACAUUGAGCACAGUCAUCAGAUAUCAAGAAAAUCACAAAGCGAAGGUCUCGGCAAACGCCGAUCAGUUGCUUGUAAAGCUUGCCAUGCUUUAAAAGUAAAAUGUGUUCCUGGUGACCCCAAGAAUCAAUUGGGUACUUGUGUUCGGUGUCUUAAGGCUAAUAGAAUCUGCGAGUUCGAUCUGACGCAGUCCAGGAAAAAAAAGAAGCCCCCGGGACCAGGUAGCUCCAUUUCUAGAUUUCGACUUUUGGAGUCUAAGCUGAAGGACCUACAAGACCUACUAGAAUCACAGAACAGAAUCAUCGAUCAACAAGCCAAGACUAUUGCCAAACAACAGCAUAUGAUAAUAAGGCCGGAUGUUUUGAGCGACGAUUCUCAGCAUAAAGUUUUGCAUACCCCACCGUCAUCGGUAAAACCUAACUCACAAUCCUACACAACGUCUGAUAAGUUUGAAAGUUUGUCUCCUGCCCAACGAUUUGAGAAGGAGAUCAAGUUUCUUGACAGUGUUUUCAAAGAACAAUCCUUGUGUUCUACCUCUACUAUUGUGAAUAUUUCUGAGCAAAGGAUUCAUAUGUGUAAGGAAAAUUUGAACUAUCGUGAAAAUGACAUUAUCGCAAGAGGCUUGUUAUCAGAAGAACAAUGUAACAGACUGUUUCAGAUGUUCUUAGACAAAAUACUUCCGAAAAGUCCCAUUUUGCAAAUGCCGAGAGAUACGACUCUCGCAUCGAUGCGCCAAAAUAAACCGCUUCUGCUUCUGUCUUGUGUUUAUGUUGCCACCAUUUUAGAUGAGGAGCCAUGUUACAUACCACUUGAGCUACAAUUGCGCAUCGAAACACUGGUAUUUGAAACUCUAAUUGGCGAAAUCCUUUUGAUAGGCGAAAAAAGCCUUGAGCUGCUCAAAUCUUUAUUACUCUUGUGCAUAUGGUAUAUUCCACCAGAACUAUUUCAACAUAGAAGAUAUCAUAUGAUAAAUUGCCUUUGCGUCUCAAUGUUACAUGAUUUAGGUAUGACUGGAAGACCCUACUUUUUUUAUAGCAAAGAAGAAGGUGCUGUGAAGAAAAGGGCCGCUUGUGCCUUCGAAGACCCUGAAGAUCUAGAAAGCAAGAGUUUGUUGUUACUGACAUAUUUCAAUUCCGUGUCAAUCUCGUUAUUUUUAAGGAGAAGAUUGCCCGUACAAUGGACUGAUUAUUGUGAUCAGUACUGCACUGAUUUGGAGGCCACAAAGGAGCCCCGCUAUAUCGUGGUUUCUAUCUAUUCUAGACUCAAUUCUAUUCUCGAAAAAAUACACUAUGGAAUCCAUUCGGGUGUUGAACAACCAACGGCUAUAGAGCUAGCUUAUGGAAUUAAUAAGUACGUUACGGAAGAUAUUCGAAAAAAGCUUAAUGCACUCAAGGGAAAAAUCAUUGAUUUCACUAAGGAUGAUGAGCAGUCUUUUCACUCAAUGAUGUCAUACUUUUUUUCAGUCCAGGCAUAUCUAUAUGAGCCGGCAUUGCAGGCUAUGUUCAGCUCAAACAUGGCAGAAUUAGGGUCUUUGAAAUUACCAGAUUAUUUGGCAGAAGCAAUUGAAUGCUCUACGGAGUCGUGCGUCUUAGCACUCAAACACUUCCUGCACUUGAAAGAAGAAUCUAUCACAGUGGAACCGUUUUUCCACUCAUCACGGAUUAUCUUUACCGCAGGUAUGUUGUUGCGAAUUCGCUAUCUGAGCAUAAGUAUUCCGGUUUUGAGUCAGUAUGGUUGCAUGACAGAGGACACGAUGAAUGUCGUUAAAAGUUUGGCCUCGCUAGUUUAUCGGACAUCUUUGAAGUAUCCAAGAAAUCAUUUCCUGAAUAAGAUGCGAUUGGUUUUGUCUUUGUUCACGCAGACAUUUUUGUCGCAAUGCAAAUCUGCGUAUAAAUCACUGUUGCAAAAUAAGCUACCUUCAGAACUUAGUGAAAAAUCCGGGGUCAAAUCCGCACAGCAUGCAUUUGUAAACCCCUUUGUCACUUCUCAUUACCCUCCCGGAAACUCGCUCGGUAUUCCACAGGAAAUGAGCUACACUUCCCCUGCUACCGUUUCCAAAGAGAAAGUUACCACAGACGACCAACAUGGAAAUUCUAGUGCAUCGUUAGAUUACACCCGUGAUGGCUCAACCGCUUCUUUGGCAGGAGCGACUACGCAACUAGCUAACCCCCAAUUCCGACAUAAUCUUCCACCUCCAGUGAUAGGAUCGCAGGAGGUAUUAUCCCCGCACAUACAACCAGCGCUAAAUUACUCCACUCACGAAAAUAGCAUGGCCGAGAAUUUGGAGUAUCAAUAUUGGGCUCUCAAUGAUGAAUUUUGGAGUACGCUAUUUGUCAAUAUUGAUGGAAGAGGUAAUGAGCAGGAUCUGAACAACUUUUACAUGAAUGAAUCCCUGAACAAGCUUUAG